GCAACCCACUCUCUCUCUAGUCUCUCUAGUCUCUCUAGUCUCUCGACGAUAUGGGAAUCGGAGAAGAAAGCAGCAAGCCAAUGUGGGAGAGUGUGAGCCACGCGCCUCCAGGCUACGCCCUCAACGGCAAAAUCAUGCUCUCCUCCGUAAUCAUCCUCUUCGUCGCCGUGAUUCUGAUCCUCUGCUUCCACAGCUACGCCAGAUGGUUAUUCCGCCGUCAAAACCGUCGCAUUCGCCGCCGGAUUCGUGCUCACCUCCGCUCUCUCUCCGCCUCCACCAUCUCCUCCUCCUCCGUAUCCCCUCUCGAUCCGGCGGUUCUCGAGAAGAUCCCGAUCUUCGUUUACUCGUCGGAGGAGACUCAUCAAGAAGAGGAGUGCUCCGUCUGCUUGUCGGAGUUCGAGGAAGACGACAAAGGCCUUAUUCUACCGAAAUGUGGCCACGCCUUUCACGUCGAUUGCAUCGAUACUUGGUUCCGUUCCAGAUCCACUUGCCCGCUUUGCAGAGCUCCGGUUCAGCCCCUUAACCCCUCCAAUCCACCCGAACCAGCCGAUCCGGUUAAACCGAUCGAGGACAUAGAAACCGGAAGUUCCUCUUCCUCCUCUUCCUCUUCUUCUUCUUCGCCGUUGAGAUUUCCGAUGGAGGCGUGUGAGAGAGAACCGAUCGAUCUAGUCGGUGUCACAGUGGAGAUGCCCAACGUUUUUGAUCCGGUUCAAAUUAACGGAUCUAAAAUUCCGGUUCAUCCAGUUUUAUCUUUGAAACGACUGUGGAGCAUCUAAAAUACGGAAUACGUACACUGAUUGGGUUUUAUAUUGAUUUUUUUUUUUUACCAAAACCGCACCAAACGCGGUGGCACCAAUGCCAGACCACGUGGCUACGAGAGCGUCUGAGACAGACUAUGGAAAUUUUCCAUCACCAAAAAUUUGCUACAAAAGAAGCUCAUUUGUUUGUUAUUCGAUUAAUUAGUCUCUAGUCUCUUUAAUGAACUCCGAAAAUAUUGUAUUAUACGGUUGUGAAUAUUAUUAUAUGAGAGAAUAG